CCCCACAACACAACACAACACAACGAAUACCGUUUCAUUCUUUAUUUUUUCACAGAUAGAGACCCAUUUUCUUUCACUUCAGCUUCUCUUCUGUUUCUCCCGCCAUGGACGACUCUGGCAAUACAACCAACGCUAGUACCAACCGGAAUAGUAAUAAGAUCGGCGGGAGCGGUGGUGUUGUCAUUGGUGGACCGGUGGAGACAGCCAGAGCAGAGAAAGCGGUGUGGUUAAUGAAAUGCCCUGCUUUGGUCUCUCGCUCUUUGAAGAACCCAACUCUUGAUGAUCCUUCUCGCCCAGUUGCUAAAGUAGUCCUCUCCAUCGACCCUCUUAAUUCCGGAGAUGAUAACUCCUCUCGUCAGUUCACCAUGGAAUUGGCUGACAAUGAAUCUGGAAAUGCACCCAAGUCUUACUCCAUGGAUAUGUCUGAAGAUUUUAUCCCGAUGUCUGUGUUUUCUGAGUCAUCUCAAGGAAAGGUUUCUGUGGAGGGAAAAAUAUUAUUUAAAUUUGACAUGAGGCCCCAUUCUGAAAACCUUGAGAACUAUGCAAAAAUUUGUCGUGAAAGGACUAAGAAGUAUAUGACCAAGGGCAGACAAAUACAGGUCAUCGACAAUGACACUGGGAGUCAUAUGAGGCCCAUGCCAUUAUUUAUUGCCUCUACACCCAAUGAGAAGAAGAAACCACCUGCCAAAGCAACAGAUACGAAAAGAACAAGGAGAGACCGUGGAGAGAUGGAAGAUAUCAUGUUUAAGCUCUUUGAAAGGCAAUCAAAUUGGACAUUAAGACAACUCAUCCAAGAGACUGACCAACCUGAACAAUUUCUGAAGGAUAUCCUUAAAGAACUUUGUGUCUACAACAAUAAGGGUACUAAUCAAGGAUCAUACGAACUGAAGCCAGAAUACAAGAGAACAGCCGAGGAACCAGGUGCUAAAUGAGUUUUAGCGUGCUUAUCAAUGAUUAUAGGAAGUAAACCUUUAGUCGUAAUUGUCAAUGCUUUAUUUUUUUUCUCACCCCCCCACCCCCACCAAAAAAAGAACUGUUAUACUGUUGCCUUAUUUUUCAAAUGUAAUUGAGAUACAUACUCCAAUGCAAAGAAGGUAGGCCAUGAAAGAAACAAUUACCUUAUUGAACUUUCUGACCUCUUGUUUGA